AAAAUGAAAUUUAGUAAUUUAGGAAUUAUUGAGCCAGCGCAUCUGCCAGACAAUUUUCCAAUCCCCGUUGACAUUUCCACGGAUGAAAUAGAUGCAAAACUUGAGCAAUUUUAUGCCAUAAUUAAUAACGGUGAAGCAAUUAUAAAUGAAUGUGAAAAUUGGCAUGAGUGGGCAAACACUGCAAUUGUCCAGCUGCCUAAGAAUAUAACAACAAUAAAAGACGAGACUCCUAUAAUUGCUCGUCAUAUUAUAGUGCAGCUUUCCGUAAAAGCUUUGCCAAUUGGAAUGAGAAUAUUGGUUUUCGUCAAAUUAACAAAUUGA